AUGACCUUCAUGAAGAUUUGCUUUUAUGUUCAUUCACACCCAAAACCCUUUCAUGUUGAGCAGGACACACUUCAAGGCUUCCUUCCAGCAGAUCCGACAGCGGCUCGACAGCAGACGGUGUCUGCUACUAAAAAGGCAAAAACAUGUUCAUCAAACUCAACUGACACCCUGCUAAAACCGGUGACCAUCAAACCCCGAGAACUGGCGCAGUGCCUUGUAGUCGUAUUCACUUUCUAUGGAGGAAGCCUUGAUCUGCGGCAGCUAAAGGGCUCUAUCUCCGUCAGGCUGGAGCUAUCGGAUCCAAAAAACUGGUGGAGUGGCGGAAAGUCUUGGAGGCACAACAGACAACACUCUCGAGGGGCAAACCACGAUGAGAGUGUGGACCACGCUGCCCCCUUCCAGGACGUCUGUGAAGUGGAGACCCCUGACCAGGAGUGCUGCAAGAAAGUCACCAUCAACAUUUCAGGUCUGCGUUUCGAAACUCAACUUAAAACCCUCGCAAGAUAUCCGAACACGUUAUUAGGAGACCCAAUUAAAAGGAUGCGGUUCUACGACCCGUUGAGAAACGAGUUCUUCUUCGACAGGAACCGACCCAGUUUUGAUGCCAUCCUGUAUUACUAUCAGUCCGGCGGGAGGCUUCGAAGACCCAUCAACGUGCCGGUUGAAAUCUUUAUGGAUGAAAUGAAAUUUUACGAAAUUGGUGAUGACGUCGUCGAUCGUUUCCGAGAGGACGAGGGUUUGCUGAAAGAAGCCGAGCGUCCCGUUCCGUCCAGUGAGUUUAAGCGUCAGAUCUGGCUGCUGUUUGAGUAUCCCGACAGCUCUGGUCCAGCCAGAAUGAUCGCUAUAGUAUCUGUAAUGAUCAUCCUGAUAUCCAUUGUUAUCUUCUGUUUAGAGACUUUGCCGGAAUUUAAAGAGAAUGAUCGUGUGUUCAGCAACCACCUCGCGCCGAACGGAACGACUGCUGGGAAAAGAUCUAGUAUAUUCACCGACCCAUUCUUCUUGUUGGAGACCAUCUGCGUCGUUUGGUUUUCCUUCGAACUGUUUGUAAGGUUUCUUGCAUGCCCGAGCAAGCCCGCCUUCUUCAAAGACAUCAUGAACACCAUAGAUAUUGUAGCUAUUCUUCCAUAUUUCAUUACUUUGGGUCUAGACCUUAGCGAGGUCCAGUCAAGCUCACAACAGACCACGUCUCUCGCCAUACUGAGAGUUAUCCGCUUGGUGCGCGUCUUCAGGAUUUUCAAGCUCUCGCGGCACUCCAAGGGUCUCCAAAUUCUCGGUCAGACUCUACGAGCGAGUAUGCGAGAACUUGGACUGCUGAUAUUUUUCCUAAUCAUCGGCAUUAUAUUGUUCUCCAGUGCUGCGUACUUCGCUGAAGUGGACGACCCGGAAUCGUCUUUUACCAGUAUCCCAGACGCGUUCUGGUGGGCGGUUGUUACCAUGACUACUGUUGGAUAUGGCGACAUGUACCCAGUGACAAUUGGAGGCAAAAUUGUUGGAUCAAUGUGUGCCAUUGCAGGAGUUCUUACAAUCGCCCUGCCGGUACCAGUAAUCGUGUCUAAUUUUAAUUACUUCUAUCACCGAGAGCACAGCGAGGAGGAACAAGUGGAAUAUACUCACGUAACUUGCGGUCGCCCGUUGCCUGUCUUAUGUGACCUAAAUAAAAGCGACAGUAAACCCUCUCUCGUGAAAUCAGAGCAUUCAGAUGACGACGACUGGAAUUCAAUAAGCAUAUUCAAUUUCAAUCCAUCAGAGGAAUAUACAGGCAAACUCACAGAUGUAUAAGAACACCAAAAGAGCUGUAGGCCUAUCAAAGCGCGCGCAUCUAUGAAGCAGCAGCUGUAUGACGACAUUUCUUCUGUACAAAGAAGACGGUUCAUAUUACCUUCAUAAACAAGCAUGUGUGUAUUUUUGUCAGUAGCGGUCCGUCAGAGAAAGAGUCAGAGAAAGAGUUGAAAGGAACAAACAGACUAACUGAUACAAUUAACUUUUUCAGUUUACCCAUUAAUGUGUAUAAUGCAUAUGAUGUGAAUAUUUUAUUACGCGGAACCCCUGGCGAGUUUUAAACACUGCACAGAUGUUUCAGGAGGCUGACAGCAUUGCUUCUAAACUGACCAAUCAGAGUAUAAACUACUUUUGUCUAAAAUGCGAAAUGAGGCUAAUAAAAUUGGCUUCUUUCUGCAUAUAACCAAUCAUCGUCAGAGAGGCAAGCAUUCAAAUGUUAUUGUAGUAGCCCCUCACUGCAGAACACAAAAUCCAGGGGGCGUGGUUGGAUCCACAUCUAGGGGGUG